CUGCAGAGGUGUCUCAGGAAACAGUGGAGACCCUGAUGCAGAAAUUCAAGGAGAGCUUUCGGACCAACACACCCAUUGAGAUUGGCCAGUUGCAAUCCGCUGUGCAUAGCUCAUCUGUUGGGAGACGGAAACGCAGGAACCGACAUCGAGGUUCCCUCAAAAGCCCAGUGAAUAAGACGGCCCUUACCUUAGUUGCUGUGAGCUCUUGCAUCCUGGCUAUGGUCUGUGGCACCCAGAUCUCCUGUCCGCUCACUGUCAAAGUGACCCUUCAUGUCCCUGAGCACUUCAUUGCUGAUGGAAGCAGUUUUGUUGUCAGUGAGGGCAGCUACUUGGACUUCUCCGACUGGCUGAAUCCUGCGAAGCUCUCCCUGUAUUAUCAAAUCAAUGCCACCUCGCCAUGGAUCCGUGAUCUUUGUGGGCAGAGAACGACGGAUGCGUGCGAGCAUCUCUGUGAUGAAGAAACUGGUGAGUGCAGCUGCCACGAAGGAUAUGCCCCCGAUCCUGUUCAUCGACACCUUUGUAUCCGUAACACCUGGGAACACAGCGAAGGCCCUUGGCCAUACACAACUUUGGAAAGAGGUUAUGAUUUGGUGACGGGAGAACAAGCUCCGGAGAAAAUUCUUAGGUCUACCUACAGCCUGGGCCAAGGUCUUUGGCUUCCCGUGAGUAAAAGUUUUGUGGUUCCUCCGGUGGAGCUUUCCAUCAAUCCAUUGGCUAGCUGCAAGACCGAUGUCCUUGUGACUGAAGAUCCAGCAGACGUCAGGUAA